AAAUAUGCACACGGGAAACAUCCUGCAUGUGAUGUUUGCUUAAUGAUUUAUGUUUCAACAGCCUUCAAAGAGGCUUGCAUACGCACAAUCUGGGGACUACAUUUUCACCCCUGUGGAAACAGAAUGAUUUUGGUUUCAAUCAUAUACUGUGG